CAAUACCCCCCCCCCUUUAUCGUGCUCUCUCUCUCCCCCCCCUCACGGAAUGGAGCUGUGCGACAACCUUUUGAUAUGGCUGCAGACAUUUCAGGUACCGGCUUCCUACACCAGUAACAUGGAGCUGACCAGUGGAGUGGCUAUUGCUCAGGUCCUCAAUCAAAUUGAUCCCUCUUGGUUUAAUGAGACCUGGUUAGGGCGUAUCAAGGAAGAUAGCAAUGACAACUGGAGGCUGAAGGUAAGCAACCUGAAGAAAAUCCUUCAAAGCUUGCUAGAAUAUUACCAUGAUGUUCUGGGUCACCAGGUCUCCGACGACCACCUGCCAGAUGUUAACCUGAUCGGGGAGCACUCCGACACUAUGGAGCUGGGCCGAAUGCUGCAGCUUGUGUUGGGCUGUGCGGUCAGCUGCGAGAAGAAGCAAGAAUACAUUCAGCAGAUCAUGACCCUGGAGGAGGAUGUCCAGCAUGUUGUCAUGACAGCCAUCCAAGAGCUUUUAACCAGAGACACUGUGGAUUCUGUCCAAAAUGAUGCAUGCAGUGACAUGGACUUCCAGUUGAAGAAAUUUAACUUGAGCGACGAAAUAGAUUCAAAGGAGGAACUAUCACAGCGAUGCCAUUAUCUGGAUCUGCAGAUCGCAGCUCUGCAUGACGAGAAGAACAGUCUGGCGUUGGAAAACAAGACCUUGCUGGAGCGAAUAAACCGUUCGGAUUCCUUCGAGGAGUCCAGCAGCAUCACCAACAAGAAGCUCCUGCUGCUGCAGAGCCAGCUGGAGCAGCUACAAGAGGAGAACUUCAGGUUAGAAGCAGUGAAAGAUGACUUCCGCAUCCGGUGCGAGGAUUUGGAGAAAGACCUCUUUGACCUUCAACACAGGAACGAUGAUCUGACCAGCCUGGCGGAGGAAUCGCAGUCUUUAAAGGACGAGAUGGACAUUUUAAGGCACUCUUCAGACAGAGUUAGUAAACUGGAGGCAACUGUGGAGGCUUACAAGAGGAAGCUUGAAGAUCUAGGAGACUUGCGGAGGCAAGUCAGACUGCUGGAGGAGAGGAACACUGUAUACAUGCAGAAGACUUGCGACCUGGAAGAGGAGCUGAAGAAAGCAAAUGCUGUUCGUGGUCAGUUGGAAGCUUACAAGAGACAGGUCCACGAGCUGCACAACAAGCAGUCCGAAGAGUCGAUGAAGGUGGAAAAGUGGCAGUUCGAGUUCAAGCACCUCCAGGAGAAACAUGACGCACUGCUCAAAGAGAAAGAGAGGUUGAUUAUAGAGAGAGAUGCUCUCAGAGAGACCAAUGACGAUCUGAGGUGUGCCCAAGUCCAACAGACGUUUUUGCACCAAGCAGAUGCAGUUUGUGAUGAAGAGAAUAUGUCCAUUGACAACCUUGCAGCCGAAAUGAUUCCCGCAGAGCUCAAGGAGAAGGUCAUUCAUCUGCAGCAUGAGAAUAAGGUGCUGCGUCUACAGCAGGAGGAGACGUACAAUGACCGGAUAACAGAGUUGCAGAGCAUCCUCGACGAUGCCAACAGGAGCCGACACAAACUGGAGAAUGAGAACAGGUUGAAUCAGCAACAGAUCAAUGAGUUGCGGUCGCAAGUGGAUCAGCUACAACUUGCUCUACAGGAGCAAGGAAGCAAAGCAGAAGAUGCCAUUUCAAAUCUGCUGAAACGCAAGCUGGAUGAGCACUUAGAGAAGCUACACGAGGCCCACACAGAACUGCAGAAGAAGCGAGAGUACAUCGAUGACCUGGAACCCACAGUCGACAGUGUCACCGCUCGCAAGAUCGAUGAGCUAGAAGAAGUUCUGAAGAAGAAAGAUGAAGACAUGAAGGCCAUGGAGGACAGAUACAAGAAAUACUUGGAGAAGGCACGGACAGUGAUUCAAACUCUUGACCCAAAGCAAGCGACAAGAACUCCACCGGAAGUUCAAGCCUUGAAAAACCAACUGCAGGAGAAGGAGGUUAAGAUUCAGCUCUUAGAGCACGACUUCGAAAAAAACAAGUCGCAAAGAGAUCAAGAAGAGAAACUGAUCAUCAGCGCUUGGUAUAACAUGGGGAUGGCUCUGCACCAGAAGGUAACUGAAGACCGGUCACGGGGAGCCGGCCAGGCACAGUCCUUCCUGGCCCAACAGAGACAAGCUACCAACGCUCGGAGAGCUCACCCCAACCGGCUUCAGCAGUCUGUAACCCGAUAAGACACCUAGCGCACACACAUACACACACACACACACCGCACGUGCUCUCUCUACCUUUGUCUCUUCUCUCACGCUCUCUCACGCAUUCUCUCUCAGGCGUACGCACCACUCUCACUCUCUCUCUCUAACUCUUUCCAGCUCUCUCACACAUACUCUCUCUGCCUCUUGACUCCCUUACACUCUCUCGCGCAUAUUUUCUCUCGCGCGCACGCAAACACCGCUCACACUCUCACUCACUCUCUCACUCUUUCACUCUCUUUCUCUCACUCACACACACUCUCUCACACACAAGGACACACUAGCCCAGAGACCCAUUACUUUAACACAAAGGCCAUAACCUUUUUCUACAAGUUUUUUAUUAACGAAAUGUUCAGUCUGAAUUUGGGACCGGGAGGAUUUGGAUGUCGGGUUCUUGCCAGCAGCCUUGUGUUGUUCCGUUUAUAUAAAAGUCAACCCACGUAGAAUUAUUAUUAUUAUUACAAACACUAAUUCUGAUCAGUGCGGUCAGCUGGGGAGCUGCAAUUAAAAUAUUACAAAUAACAAUAAUAAUUGGCUAACUGAAUCCCCGACUGUUUGUGGGACACUGCGGUGCACAACUGGCUGCCACGUUUCACCCCUAUAUAAAAAAAUAUAUAGUCGAUUCCCUUUACAGUAUAUUCUGUGAGGCGCUUUGAGACGUCUAGAAGAUGUGCUAAGGCCCUGUAUCAAAUACAAGGAUUAUUAUUAUACCACAGGUGUUGCAAAAUGAUUGCCACGUAAACUCAAUUAAUUUCCCCUUCCCACCCAUCCUCCACCCUUUUAUUUGUUGCUUAUUUUUAGUGGAUUGAUUCCAUGUUUAUGCUGCUGAGAUGUAAAAACUGAAUAGAACAGAGGAGUUUUUCUUUUAGUUUUGAAGAAUUUGAGAUUCUUUCUAUUAAUGAUUUUGUAGAGUUUUGUGUUUAAACACCAGUCUUAUCACGUCGCCAGACUUGGUACAUCACACUACAGGAUGUUUCUUGUGAGUUCGAUUUUUAUUAGUUUCUUACAAUUAAAAUAAAAAGGUCCUUUCUUUUUUUUUUGUC